AUGCCUCAUGGAAAGCUGGAGGAUAUUACUUUUGGAACCAGGGACUUGGAAGGUGUAUCACUUCCACAUGAUGAUGCUUUGGUCAUCUCAGCGAUUGUGGCCAAUUUUGAAGUAAAGAGAAUCUUGGUUGACAACGGGAGUGCGUCCAAUAUAUUUUCACAAAAGGCUUUCGCCAAAAUGGAAAUCUCAUCUCAGCAGCUCAAAGCGGUUAAAACUCCUCUCCAGGGGUUUGGGAGAGGAGUCAUCAUUCCAGAGGGUGUCAUCGAGCUGCCUCUAACUUUGGGUUCUGGCCAAAAACAGGUUACGGAGAUGACAUCUUUUCAAGUGGUACGUGUCUCAUUGGCCUAUAACGCUAUUCUGGGAAGACCACUCCUGAACAAGAUCAAAACCAUUGUGUCUACCUUCCUCCAAGCCAUGAAGACGGAGCUCGAGAUCGGGCAACAAGUCAGACUUGCUCCUGUCGAAGAAUUGAUGGAAAUCGAGCUCGAGCAUGAUAAGAAGAAGGUUGAGGAUAUGCCAAGGAUAGACCCCAAAAUUGCAGUCCACAGGCUUAACAUUAGCCCAGGGACCAAACCAGUAAAGCAGAGGAAAAGACAGUUUGCCCCAGAAUGUCGAGAGGUCAUUCGAGAAGAAAUUAACAAACUCGUCAGUGCUCAAUUCAUUCGGGAGGUCCAAUAUCCCGAUUGUAUUGCCAAUGUUGUUUUAGUGAAGAAGGCCAAUGGUAAGUGGAGGGUCUCCAUUGACUUCACAAAUAUUAACAAAGCAUGUCCAAAGGAUAGUUAUCCCCUACCACGGAUUGACAACUUAGUGGAUAUCACGUCUGGACAUAAGCUAUACAGCUUCUUGGAUGCAUUUUCUGUUUAUCAUCAAAUCCUCAUGGCCAAGGAAGAUCAAGAAAAGACGUCUUUCAUGGCCGAUUCCACCAUAUACUGUUAUAAGGAGCUCAAGCAAACAUUGGCAUCUCCUCCUGUUCUCACUAGGCCUGAGCCUGGUGACACCUUAUUUUUGUACUUGGUCGUAUCUCAAAACGCGAUCAGCGGGGUCUUCGUGAAACAG